UGUAUUUAAGCCCAAGUCUCCAUCCCCACUUCGUCUUCUUCCCUAAAUCGCAAUUCCCCUCUGCAAUUCUGAUUGCUUCUACUCAUACCUCAUAAACUAAUCAUUGAUGUGGAUGAAGAAGCUUCUCCACUCCACACGAAUCCCAGCAAUUGUUUCUCGUGCAAUCAAUUCCACAGAUUUAACCUCUUCUGUUUGCAUCGCUACUCUUCAUGAUUCUGCGAUUUUCAGCUCUCCUCUCUCCUCCCUCUCUCUCAGCAGCCUCCAACGAAGAUCGUCGCCAAACCUAACCAGUAUCCUUUCCAGAGAAAACGCAAUUUUCUUUGUAAAAGAUAAGAGCCCUUUCUCAUCGCUCUCAGAGGACGCCAAACUUUACUGCUGGAACUGCGCCACCAAGGCCGACGAUGCGACGUCGUUCCUCUUCUGCCAAGCCUGUCGCAGCGUCCAACCGGUCAAUCAAUCCAUCGAUUAUUUCCAAAUUUUCGGCCUAGGAAGGAGAUACAGUAUUGAGGAUGGGGAAUUAGAGAAGAAGUACAAAGAUUGGCAAAAGAAACUUCAUCCGGAUUUGGUUCAUUCUAAAACGCAGAGGGAGAGGGAUUAUGCGGCUGAGCAGUCUGCUCGGGUUAUAGAUGCGUAUCGGACACUUGCUGACCCAUUGUCGAGGGCAAUCUACAUUAUGAAGUUGGAAGGUGUGCCAGUUGACGAAGAAGAAAGGAUCACUGAUCCAGAACUACUUGCAGAGAUCAUGGAAUUAAGGGAGGCUGUUGAUGAAGCAGAAGAUGCUCAGACAUUAAAUCAAAUACAGGCUCAGUUGCAAGAAAAAUUGAGAGAUUGGUCCAAGUCAUUUGAAGAUGCAUAUUUGAGGAAAAACUUUGAAGAUGGUCUGGCUUCAAUUCGCAGAAUGACUUACUACAAACGUGCCAAUGAAGAAAUUGUGAAGAAACUUUAAAUACUGGCACUAUGCUCUCUAUGAUGUUGUUUACGGCCACUUGUGUUAUUCUUAGUAAUGACGUAUAAUGCACCCUUGUAUCCAAGUGCGUGUUCAAUUCUGUAAUACACAUUUGCUCUCAUUUUGAUUCUUUUAUCUAUUUUUUUUUCCUUUCUA